AUGAUCCGUGGAAUGGGUGGCGGUGUUACACUUGCUUCCACGAGAAAUGAGUCAUGCCCACUUGAUGUUGUCCAAGCCAAUCAAGAAGUAGAUAAUGACAUGCCACUGACAUUUACACCGGUAAACCUUAAGAAAGGUGUCAUUCGGGAAUCAACAGAUCUCAACAAUAUAUUCUCGGGUGCAUCUACCUGCAUUCAGUCGAAUGUUUGGAUGCUCGAGGAGUACAAUGGACAACUUAUCACAACUGGUUAUGGAGUAGCAGGAAACCCUAGUCAGGAAACCAUCAAUAAUUAG